CGCGUGUGGAGUUAGAAGAGCCGCCGGCUUCAUUGAAAUCCCCCGUAUAGUGAUGGUGCUCUGGCUCUGUGAGUCAUUUUAACUUUACCUUCAACUAUCAGCCUCGGAGUGAGAGAGGGACUCUGCAGCUGUGUCACAGAAUGAGAGGAAUGGACCUGUGGGAGGGAAGUGGAGUCACUGGGACAGUCAGCUCCCAACCACACCCUCAAGGCUGUGUGGGUGGAGUUAAAGAGAACGUGAGCGAAGCUACAGGAAGGUGACCCUCAUCUCUCAGACCGGACUCCAGCUGCAGCCGAGCUGAGCAGGAUCAUGGAGCCUGAGGACGGAGGAAGAGGAGGAGGAGGAGGAGGGCAGGCAGGGAGCAGCAUGAGGAAUGAGCAGACCUGGAUCACAACAGGCUCAGAGAAGAACCAACACCCUGAGCAUCCUCCCAGUACCAGGGCGCCAUUUCAGUAUCCAGAGGUGCGAUGUCAGGAAUCACCAUGGUCAGAGUCACUGGGUCUGGGGUUGCUACAUCCACAGUCACUGGGUCUGGAGUCACCUGGUCUGGGGUCAUUUUUUACCGAGCCAAAAUCUCGCACUCUGUCCCGUCAGAUGGAUCUGAUUGGCUUGAGGACAAAUGCAGCUGCCACUUUCCAUCGAUUCAAUAGAGGUUUCAUUGAUAUGCAGGAUCCCAUCUCUGAGCAACUGACAGACGCCUUCAGAGAGAUCGAGUUCGUCGGCUCCAGAGGCAGACCCAGUAAUACCUGGAUCACAACAACCUUCAAGAAGAAGCAACGUUGCCCCAGUGAGCAUCCUCCCAGUACCAGGGCGCCAUUUCAGCAUCCAGAGUUGCAAUGUCAGGAAUCACCAUGUCCAGAGUCCCCGGGUCCAGAGUCACCUGGUCCAGGGUUGAUACAUCCAGAGUCACCAGGUCCGGAGUCACCUGGAACGGAACGUCUCACCGUCGAACAACUCAGUGAUGCUUUCAGUCAUGAUAUGCAGGAUCCCAUCUCUGAGCAACCGACAGACGCCUUCGGAGAGAUCGAGUUCGUCGGCUCCAGAGGCAGACCCAGUAAUUUUCUGCGUCUGUCAUGUGAUACGGACCCUAAAGAAGUCUACAAACUGAUCACAGAUCAUUGGAACUUCCCCUCCCCUAACCUGGUGGUGUCUGUGGUCGAGGGGGAGGGGAGGGAGGAGAUCAAACCGUGGGUGAGGGACUUCCUGAGGAACAGUCUGGUCAGAGCCGCUCAGAGCACAGGUGCGUGGAUCCUGACAGAUGGACUGAGGAGGAGCGUGGCCCGCUGUAUGGGAGAGGCGGUGAGGGACUACAAGGUGGUGGCCCCAGCUCUGCCUCAGAAGGUGAUGGUGGUGGGCGUGGCUCCGUGGGGAAUGGUUCAUAACAGAGAGCGGCUCGUAAACCCUCAGGACCGUACCCCUCCCAGUCCACCAGGAACUGGAAUCCACAUCCUCGGGUUGGAUGUCCAGGAUUUUGGACACGGUGAAUGCAGGAUGAUCAUUGAUGAUCCGAGGGGGUGGAGGGGUGACGGCUGGAGGGCUCAAAUCACUGGUGAUGACAGGCUUGAGGAGAGACACAUGGAAGGUGGGGUGGAUUUUCAUGGAUUCUGUAAGAAAAACCCAGAGGAGUGUGAAGCUUUAAAUAAAAACGUGGAAGACCCUUCUCCUCCUAAGUCUAAACAGUCAUUCUUGGUGUCUCGGUGGAAACAGUUCUGGUUUGACCCUGUCACCUGUUUCCUUGGUAACGUGCUGAUGUACUUCCUGUUCCUCUGCCUGUUUGCUUACAUUCUGCUGGUGGACUUUAAGCCCCCUCCUCCUAAAGGCCCAUCCAUCUCAGAGUAUGUGCUCUACUUCUGGGUCUUCACCUUCAUGUGUGAGGAGAUCCGACAGUUGUUCUUGGAGGAUCGUAAGAGCAUGAUUCAGAGGUUGCAGAUCUACAUCAUGGAUGACUGGAACAAGGUCGACCUCACGGCCAUCUUUCUCUUCCUGCUCGCUCUCUGCUGCAGAAUGUUCUCUCCGUCAUAUAAGGUUGGUCGAGCGAUGAUGGCCCUAGACUUCGUAGUCUUCACCGUUCGACUGCUUCACAUCUUCUCCAUCCACAGAGUGCUGGGACCAAAGAUCGUCAUGGUGCGACGGAUGAUGAAGGACCUCUUCUUCUUCCUCUUCUUCCUCGCCGUGUGGCUCAUAGCAUAUGGAGUAGCCAAUAAGGCGCUGCUUUACUCCUACGAUCCCAGUCCAAUACGGAUCUUGAAUCAAGUCUUCUACCAACCAUACAUGUACAUUUUUGGACAGUUUCCCGACAUUAAUAUGGACGCUGGUGUACAGGAGGAAGGUAAAUGUACGACCAACGCCACGCUGAUCGAGGCCGGGCAUGAGCCGUGUCCGAACACGUACGCUAACUGGCUGGUCAUCAUCCUCUACAUCAUCUACCUGCUGUUCACCAACAUCGUGCUGGUUAACCUGCUCAUCGCCAUGUUCAGCCACACCUUUACCGUAGUCCAGGAGCGCAGUGACAUCCACUGGAAAUAUCUGCGCUACAACCUGAUCAUGGAGUACUACUUCAAGCCCUACUUAGCCCCGCCCUUCAUCAUCAUCUCACACCUCCAACUGUUCAUCAAGAGAUUCAUCCGAGACAUCCCAUCAGUCCACAGACAGUACCCUGCACUGGAGCUGGGGAAGAAGAAGGCAAGCCGGCUUUACAGGUGGGAGGCCAACCAGAAAGAAAACCUGCUUUCAGCUCAGAACAAGAAGCAGAGAGAGAGCGACUCAGCCCAACUCAGAUCCACAUCAGUCAGGGUGGACAGCAUGCUGAAGCAGAUGGCAGAGAUCCAUGACCAAAACCGCAGGCUCAAGUCUGAGCUGGUCGCCCUCUCCAGGAUUACUGAGGCUCUGUGUCAGAGUGGACGUAUGCUUCCUCGACCAACUCUACUCAGAACCUAUUUCAACAGUAGGUGAAGGUCCUACAGACCGUAUCUGAACAGUAGAGACUCCAACAACAACCCUCUUCAUUCUUCCACCUCUACCUAGAGCUCAGAGGAGCAGAUGGACCCCUGCUGUGAGGAAACGAUGGUUUCUGAAGAGACGGGAGACGUUUAGAGUCGACUUCAUACAUCUCUCUGAUGAGGACCCUGUAAUCCAGCAUUCUGGUGUCAUUACAGUUUUUCUCCAUUGGUUUGCUCAUUUCUUAAAACAGACCGGACGUUCAACACUCUUGGUGCUUUUGCCAAAAUAACCUGGAUGGUUCAGCACAACACCACGGUUCACCUGCAAAGCUCAUAUCUCUCCCAAAACUGUUCACUCAUGCUUCAAAACUAAAUUCUAUUCUCAUAUAAAGAGUCAGUGCCCCCAAAAUGCAUUGUCCCUUUGGUACUGUGUAAGCACUGCAAGUCAGUAUGUUUUGAUGUUUGUCACUAUGGCAGAUGACCUUUGAAAUAAUAAUAACUUUAUUUAUAUAACACUUUUAAAAACAGUUUUUUACAAAGUGCUUUACUCACAGCAAAGCAAAAACUUAAGGAAAAAUAAACAUCAACAAUCAGGGCAGAAUAGGAGCUCUGUAAAAUCAAGCAGGAAGGGAAAAACAUAAUGUGAACACAGUGGAAAAAUAACAAAUGAACAUGACAAAAGUAGAUCUCAAAUGGCAGUUUCAGUAGAAGAUUUUCAAAUCUAAAAUAUAUUAAGUGGAGUCAGUGAAAAAUUAUGAUACCUAUGAUAAUAUUCCGAAAGAUAUCGUAGGAUAUGGUAGAAGGAGAGUUAAAUACAUAUAUUCAAACAAACAAUCAAACAAAUACAUGAAGAUGAUGAUGACGACAUCACAUCAGUGGGGAUAAAAUAAUGGUGAGAUUCAAGACAGAAAUGUAAUAGAAAGAGGACAGGUGAGUGAGAUUUAGGUAGGUAAACACGAGAUAAUGAAGUAGAUGAACAUGAGAGAGGAAAGAAGUUCUACAAAUAUUAAGAGUAGCAGUGUAAAUAAAAGAGAGGUGAUAAAAUAGAUACAUAGAAGGGACAUCACAUAAAAGCAAGUCUGUAAAUGUGAGUUUUAAGGAGUGAUUUAAAAGAUGUCACCAAAUCUGCCAGCCUCAUCUCCUCGGGGAGGUCAUUCCAAAGUCGAGGAGCCCUGACAGAGAAAGCCCUGUCUCCUUUAGAUUUCAGCCUCGACUUUGGAUCGACCAGGAAGCCCCCGCCCGAGGAUCUAAGGCUGCGCAGUGGCUCAUAGAGGGUCAGCAUUUCAGAAAUGUAACCUGCUAGACCCAUACGAGCUUUAAAAGUGAUGAGUAAAAUCUUAAAAUCAACUCUAAAAGUAACAGGAAGCCAGUGGAGGGAAGCGAGGAUAGGGCUAAUGGGAUGUUGUCUGUUAAAACCAGUUAAAAGCCUAGCUGCUGUGUUCUGGACUAGUUGGAGGCAGGAGAGUGAUUUAUUUGUAAUACCAGAAAGGAGUGAGUUGCAGUAGUCCAGACGAGAGAAGAUGAAUGAAUGGAUAACUUUUUCAAGGUCAGCAGGGGGCAGUAUGGAUUUAAUUUUGGAUCUGGAUCUGAUUUGGAUGAAGCAGGACUGGACUAUUUUCUUGAUGUGUGGUUCGAAAGUGAGGUUAGAAUCAAAAGUAACUCCUAAAUUUCUUGCAGCCGGUGUGAUGUUGGAAGACAGUGGACCAAGAAAACUACUAAUCAGGCCGGUGUUUGGAUUUGGGUGAUUGAAGAGUAUGAUUUCUGACUUUGAUUCAUUUAACUGUAAAAAGUUUUGUGCCAUCCAACAUUUUAUAUCACUGAAACAGUUAAAAACAGCAGCUAGGCUAGUAAAAUCACCAGGUCUCAGCGGGAGGUUUAAAAUGGAAGGACAGAUUAUGAUUCUGAAUGAUAAAACCUAAAGGAAGCAUAUAAAUACAAAAUAAAAGUGGGCCUAAAAUAGAACCUUGCGGUACACCACAGGUAAUAGGAGAGGUGGAAGAUGAGUGGUUACCAUGGUGACCGCAAAGGUUCUGUGUAAAAGAUAGAAAUAAAACCAAGUAAGUGCAGAGCCCUUGACACCAACCCAGGUCUCGAGGCGUUCUAUUAAAAUGGCGUGAUCAACAGUGUCAAAUGCCGCACUCAAGCCUAAAAGAGUUAAAAUUGCGCUCUUUGAGGAGGCCGGUCUCUGUACUAUGUUGUGCUCUAAAACCUGAUUGAAAUUUCUCAAAGAUGUUGUUAUCAUUUAUAAAAGCUAAAAUCUGGUUUAAAACUACUUUUUCUAAAACUUUGGAUAAAAAUGGGAGUUUAGAAAUUGGUCUAAAAUUAUUAAGAUCAGAGGGGUUAGGAUGUGGUUUCUUUAAAAGCGGUUGGACCACAGCGUGUUUAAAAGCAGAAGGAAAAUGGCCAGUUAAAAGUGAGCUAUUAAUAAUGGAUAACAUACUGGGCCCAACCGUGUUAAAAACGUCUUUGAGAAGUUUAGUGGGUACAGUGUCAAGACUGCAUGUAGUUGGGUUCAUGUGUGAUAAAAUAUCUGAUAAAAUUGGCAUAGAAAUUGGGCUAAAACUAUCAAAGAAGGCAUCAGUGUGUCUGUGAGGGAGUAAAACAGUACCUGGGGUAGUAAUCUGUUGCCUCAUAUUGUUAAUUUUAUUUGUAAAAAAUGUUAAGAAGGACUCACAUGUUUGAUGUGAGGCAUCGUUAAAAUAACAGGGAGGGGUUGGUGACGGGAUCUAAAACUUAAAUGAAACUCUGGGAUUAGAAUAGUUGGAUAAAAUCAGGUUGGAAUAAAAGGUUGCUCUCGCUUCUUUGACCACUUUUUGAUAAUUUUUCAUAGCAUCUUUCCAAAUGUCAUAAGAUACAUGCAAGCCAGUUUUUUCCAUUGUCUUUCUUUACGUCCGCAGUCUCUUUUUAACUCUUUUGUUCUGUUUAGCCAGGGCUGCAGUGUCUUAGAGGACUUUUCUGUUUUGUAUGGAGCGAUGGAGUCUAAAGAAGCCUUACAGAUAUUAAAAUUGGAAACCAGCUCCUCUGUAUUGAAGUUUGGGCUAAAAGCAGUUAAAGCAGCAGCGGUAAAACGUUCAGAAAAGUUGGUGGCAGAGGUAGGGGUAAAAACACAGCGAGAGAUAGGUGCACUUUUAGGAUCAAAACCACACUAAAUAAAACCAGUUUAUGAUCUGACACACAGAUAUCCUUAGUAAAGUUAAAAAGGGCUGAGACCGUGGUGUAAAACCAAGUCAAGGGUGUGUCCUUUUGAAUGGGUAGGGACUUAAACAGACUGUAUGAGGUUAAAAGCCUCCAGGGUGUCAAUAAAAUCAGAUCUAAAAGCCUGAGGACAGCAGACAUGAAUGUUAAACUCCCCUAAAAUUAAGACCUUAUCAUACUUGGACAUAAAAUGAGAAUUCCUGGAUAAAAUGACAGUUUUGUUUAGGUGGUCUGUAUAUUAUUAAAAUUAAAACUGAGAUUUUGGAGUGCACAAUAAAACCAAGGUGUUCGAAAGAUGAAAAAGGAUUAUGGGAAAUAGGUAGGCAUUUAAAAUCUUUAUGUAAAUAAUGGCAAACCCCCCCCCCCGAUAAUCUGGGUUGAUGUAGAUGAUUAAAAUCCGGGGGGGGGGUUGCCUCAAUGAGUGUGCUAAAAUCUCUCUGAGUGUCCCAUGUUUAGAUAAAAUUUAUUUUUAUUAUUAUUAUUAUUAUUAUGUUUCUGUUAAAACUAAAAAAUCCAACUUAUUGAAAGAAAUAAAACCAUGGCAUAAAAACAGUUUGUUAUUAAGCGAUCUGAUGUUUAAAUGACCAAAGUCCACCUCUCAGUCUCAGCCCAGUCCUUCACUCACAAUGGUUAGUGCUAGUUUUUUUUGUCUAGCUUACAGAAUACAGUUGUGUAUAAAACUGAAAAAAAUUAAAAAAAAAAAAAAAGGAUUUCACAGUAAGUGUAGCCUCCGAGGUUCGACAUCACACAUUGCACUCAUACUGCCAAGGAAAUUGUAACUUUUUAUUCACACACAUUACUGUAAGUAACUUCCAUACAUCAGAGUAAAAAGGAUGUAAGCAGCAUAACAUUCUGAAAUAUAAACACAUAAACAAGAACAAGGAAAAUGAUAUGUAUGUAAAGCUGGAGUUACACAGCUAACCCUUCUUCACUGGCCGCCGUCCUCACCCUCCCUCUCCUGGCCGUCCACACACUGCUGUCUGUCUGGCCACAGAUUUUCACCCACAUCCCAGCGUAUAUUCUCCCUUGUGAUGCAACGAGGGAAGAAACGGCGUGAAUGUUGCAACCGCCCCCUACACUGAUCACCUGUAAUGUCUUCACACACAGGGUCCUUUGCUUUGAGCAGGACCUCUGAUUUUGAGCCUAAUGCUCACACACUCUCCACCUCCAAGCAGAGAAAAGCUCCUCAGUGAGACUGAGGAAAGUAGAGUAAGGUGGCAGGAACACCAUGACCAUCCUUGGAUGAGUAGUGAACCAGAGACCUGAAUGGUAUUCAGGGUUUACAGAAAGCUCUUAACUAAUGACAGUUGAACAGACUGUUGUGCAUGUGAUGACUUGUAUGAUGAAAUGAUGCUGACAUGUUUUGGAGAGAACAACCAUUAGACUGAAAAGUCAACCAUCAGUUUGGAUCAACAGGAUCUAUUCACUUGGAAAUUGUGCUAAAUGCAGGCUACCUGUACUUAAUCAUUUGCAAAGAUGUACUGAGACACUGAGACAUGUACGGAAACAUUUGCAACUUGAUGACAUGAAGGAGAAAUUCAAUUCUGUUGUGAAAAAUUACCAAGUGGUUUGGAGGUUUGUCCAUGUUAUUUUGAGAAUGUAAUUUCUGUUUAAAGAAAUGAGCCAAACCAAUGGAGAAAAACUGUAAAUGACUUUCCUGAAGCUGAAAGAACAGUAUGACGGCUAUUUGCUCCUUCAUUGAGGUUAAACAUUUAUCCUAAGGUGAUUUAACAGAGUAGGACAUGUCUGAAAUCUGCCCCAACAACAGGCAGGUUUAUUUUUCUAUGUGGUUUUAAGUUUGUUUGUUUUUUCUCUAUUGUUCUAUGGCAGUGGAAGGUAUGCAAAGGUUAUCCACUUUAUAAAAAAAAAAAAAUGCGACUGGCAGAGGUGUGAAGAGCUUCUUCUUUUUGUAAACAUGAUAAACAUAAUGGAGACAAGUCGAGGUGAAACCAUAAGAGACCUUUUGGUGAACUUCUGAGCACAGCAGGGGGGGUUUUGCUUUGGGUAAACUCUUUUACCUUGGCAGGUGACCUUUGGGAUGAACUUUGAGUUCCUGUCAACUAUAGUGACCUUCUAAACUCUAAACUUAGAUUCAGUGUAAGGGUUUCCCCUAAAGUCCAGGUUCUAAGAUGACUUUUCCUGGAAGUCACAGUACAGAUGGAGACCUAGCGUGCCUUAUCAGAAGGCCUCAAAUUUCCUGUUGGGGCUCUCGUGCAGAGUCUAACCAUAGGUUCUGAUUGGCGUGUACCUGUUCUUUGGUCCUGAGAUCUUCUGUGGGCGAUCGGUGAUAACUCCUAUCAGUGAACAAACCAGUUAAGGGUCGUUGCUACUUGUGAGUGGAAAGGAAACCCCUCUACAAAAGAGGGCAUGAAUAGAAGCUAACAAGUACUACCCAAGGGCUCUUAAAGUCAGGGAGGCUCAUGCUGGUAUUUUGCUCUCAUCAGAUCAGAUCAGAAUAGACGGUCUCUGUGGUCCAGGAUGGAGAACUAAAUUUAACCAAGAGCUAUCUUUUGUGGUUUCAACCCGUGAGUUUUUAACCAUUUUGAAUUUUUGGUACUUAGAUUCUAAUGUUGAACCAAUAUGUUUGUUUUUGCUUUAAAUGGACUUUUAAAUCCUUUUUCAUUCAUGUAAUCAUUUAAAUUUUCAUAAAAUCCAUUUCUCUUUGCUGUUGAUGCCUGUACUCCUCAGUGAAAUUUACUGAGUCUAAUCAACUCAGGUUUAUUUUUGAAUUUUUUGAG